GUUAUCACCAGAGUUUGUCAUUUCAUGAGAAGAACUCUAUGAACAUGCAUUAUUUUAUUGGUGAUUUUCUAAACAAUAUUUGUGAAUUUGUGUUUAAAGUGCAGUGCGUUGAAAAAAGUGGAAAAGGUAAAUAUGGAUGAAGAUUAUGAUCUAGUGAUAGACUUAGACGAUGAAAGAGAGGAAAUACCACAUGGAAGUAACAACAGAGAUGAAAAAAUGAGACCAAUAAUUAAUAAAUGUAUACACAACGAAGACACGAGUAUGGAACAACAUUCUCAUAAACCACCUCAAGAAACUAGCGUAAUACAGAGUCAAAAUAGCGAUCAGAAUUCAGAUGAUGAUUAUAUACAGGUUAUAGAUGAUAACGACGAUUACGAACAGUCGGUUCAAAAAUUAAUAAGUGCUGCAAAUAAAAUAGGGAGAGAGUACCUUAAAAACAAACAAUUGAAAGAAGCGACAGCUAAUAAAAUGCUUAAUGAUAGUCAAGUGUAUAAAAGUGAUUCAUUAAAUGGAGGUAGCCCAAAUCAAGCUCGAGAUCACAGGCCUUUACACAAGCUUGGUCUGGGAAAAAAUCAAGAGUCAGUUAGAGAAAAUCGAAUUACAGGAACAACCAGUUACAAACCGAGUUACGAAUCUCAACAUGUCACGGAAGAUAUACCACAUUAUAGAAACGAAUAUACUUUUAGAAGAAGAAUGGAUGGUUACGUGCAUGAUGUGAGGACUUUGCCUAACAUUCAAACUGCACGACAUAUAUAUAGAUACCAUGAUACAGAUAGACCAGAAGUUGAUUUAAGCAUAGAUGACUAUUAUCCUAUAAUGGACAGGUAUGAAAAUCAACAUAGUCACAGGCCUGAAAUUCCUUUAAGGAAUGAUUUUUAUCCUCAUAAUCCAAUAAACAGAAACACUUAUUUCCAUGUUCAAAGACCAACUUUCAACACAAGUGGUUGUAGGUAUAAUGCAAUGCCUAGCGAUACACACAAUCAUCAUUAUAUACCAGAAGAUAUGUUAAGAAUAGAUGAAUAUAGACGUGCUGAAAUGAACAGAGCUCAACAACUUUAUUCUCAUAGACCGGAUUUGAUUAGACUUGAUGACUAUAGGCAUACAGGAAUAGAAAGAGACGCUUAUAGCUAUGUUCAUAGAACACAUGAACCAUUGAGAAGUGAUUAUGGAAAUACUACAACUACUACUAGAUUUCCUUACAGUCAUUAUAUGCCUGAUCAUGCUUUUGAUGACUACUGGCAAGCAAUGAUGAGCAGACAUGCUUACAGACCAGAAGGUGUAAUAAGCAUGGAAGACUAUGAACGCUCCUUAAGAAAUUGGCAUGUAUACGGCAACACUUAUAAACCACUGAUAGGUUUAAGUUUGUAUCCCUAUAGAUCAGUAGAAUUGCCUCAUAUUUAUAGACCUGAUUUAGUAAAGAUGGAUACCUGUAGAGAACCGAUGUUAACAGAAACUGCAGGUAUGUAUUGCUGCAAACAACAAAUCAACCCCUACAGAACUGAAAUUGAUGAUGCUAAUAGAAACGAUGAUUGUACACUGAAUUUAUCUCGCAAACAAGAAACAACCAGUACAGCUGUCAACACGCUAAGAAAUGCGAGGAACGAUGAGAAUAAACUGCAAACUAUUUUAAGUACAGGAAAUCAAGUAUCAAAAGCACCGUUGAAUAAAAAUAAAAGUUUAAAAAAAUCUGGAAAUCUGGAUUUGCCUGGGUAUAAAUAUAAAAACAGUCUAAAAAGAACAAUGGAAGACCAUAUUAAAAGCAAUAAAACUACUUUGAGUGUAAAUAAACCUGAAUCAGAAUAUAUGGAUAUCUGUAAACCAGGAGUGCCCAUUAUAACGAAUAGACCAGAUACAGUAAUAUUAAGUACUAAAAACAUUUAUCAAAAAAGGAUGCAUAAUCAGAUUACACAGGCUGAUGCUUUAGCUGCAUCAGAAAUAGUCCGCGACAGAAAUCAUAAGAUCGAGACAACUGCUAUAGAAAUUGAAAACCAUGGAGCUGCAUUAGAUGAAAAUGCUGAACAAUUUAUAUAUGAGGUGAUCAAGAGCAAGACACAUGAAGAUAAAGAAGUUGACCGAGAAAAUAAUGCAGUAGAAAAAGAUAUCAGUAUACAACUAUUGGUAGUUUUUUUUACACGUGUAAAGGAGCUUGUCAAAGACACUUUUCCAGAAUUUUCAAAGUCGCUUGAAAAGGAAAUUGAUAAUUUGGGAAAACGGACGAAUAGUAGAAGAUUGAAAACAGACAUACAAUACAUUUGUCCUUUAUAUUGUUCUGUGUCCACUUACUCUUUACCCCGAUUUGACAACACUGACGAUGAUAAUAAGAUAGAAAAACAUGUAAAUCGAGCUAAAAUUUGUGAUGUGUGUAGUUGUAUUCAAAACUGUUAUAAGUUGUACAAGAAAAAAUAUUUUAAUUUAGUAUCCACGCAAGCUGUAAGUGAAAAACAAGAAAAUGAUGCGAAGACAGUCAAUGAGAAUUUAAAUGUAAAUUUGCCAAUAGAAAGUGCACGAGGAAUUAGGGCACACACCGUCAUAUGUCGGCGUCAAGGUACAGACUGUAAAGAAAUUGGUAAAGGUGAAUUUAGAAGUAAUGAGUAUAUAGAUAUUGAUGAAAAAUUAAAAAAAAAUCAAGGUCAGUCUAUUACAGAUGGCAAAAUAUUAAAUAAAGAUACGCGUGGUGCUUACGCUACCACAGUUAUCAACAAGCAUGCAAUUAAUUCACCAAAUUGGGUUCCAACUCUAUCUAUUGAUGACAAUGAUAUUUCAUUACGUAUUAAUACUCAUAACAACCCAAUGGAAAUCGAAAAACCAGUCCUAAAGACCAUUAAUGACGAAAAAGAAAUAAUAAUUGACUACAGUAGUCAAAACAGACAUAGUUUAAGUGAAAACAAAGCCGAUAAGGACAAUUCUCCUAAAAACGAAGCAAAACUAAUCCUCUCCUUAUCUUUUAAUGAAAUAACUAAUGCAGAUAUUAUAGCAUCAAAACUAAAGGAUAACAUAAGUAAAAAACCUGACACCAUAUUUUCAUGUCACAUAUGCACUUGUACAUUUACCUAUUUCACAUCAUUUGUUAGUCAUAUGCAGAAAAAACAUAAUAUAAAUGAGAUUGACGUAGAUAUAUCAGAAGAAUGUAUUGCAAGAAAAUGUCCAUUCUGCGGAGUAUAUUCGAAACAAAAAUAUCAUAAUGAACACGUUAAAACAGCUCAUCCAGAAAUAUUUACGCGUAAAGAAGAACCUAGUGAAAUAGAACUGAUAAAAGUGAACAAAAGAAGGAAAUCAAUGAAAAGGAAGUUCAUAUUUACAUGUCUGGUGUGUCACAAGAAUCUGAAGUCGUGUGAAGUACAAAAGCAUAGAGAGAUAGAACAUAAGGGAUUGAAGGUAGCGAAGAUGUUUACUAAGAAACUAUCAAGCAUGGAUUAAUUGUUAAAGACCCCAACCUAAUGAACCUUAAAAUUACAAUAGAUAGAGUAAUGUAAGUACAGCCUGUAGCGACAGCUCAAUAUCAAAAAACAAAUGAACUGACAUUAAAAUAAUUAACAUAAAUACUUAUACCGAUAUUUUUACAUUAAGUAAAAUAAAACAAAACAUUGGUAG